UGCCUGUGAUACAUACGGUUUGCCCAGCAUUGUGGAGACGUUCUGAAUCUAAUGGUUUAGUAAAACAUAAGUUUAUAACUGAUUUAUUAACGACGAAGGUGGCACUAAAAGAAAUUGACUGCAAUACGAAAAUGAAAUGGGAAAUUCUGAGAGAAGUCCCCAAGCUUUUAGGUCUAGCUCAUGAGAAUAUUGCCACAUUAUACGGAGUUUCUUUAAAUCGGAAAGAUAAUAUUUGCAUGGUUAUUCAGCAAGCAGAAUGUAGAACACUCUAUCAUUUGCUGCAUUGUCGUAAGUAUAAAUGGAUCUUAUUUCAGGAGAAGCUCAAUUGGAUGCAGCAAUGUGCAGAGGGUUUGGAGUACUUGCAUGGAAAAAACAUAAUCCAUCGGGGUCUUACAACUCGAAGCUUGUUACUUUUCGAUGAAUGUCGUAAAUUAAAAAUAACUGAUAUCGGAAAAGUGAAUGAAGUUGAAAAAAUUAGAACUGAUUUCAUGUGUCGCUAUUUGGCUCCAGAAGUUUGCAUGGAGAAAAAAGACUUCACACAAAAGGCGGAUGUAUUUAGCUUCGGCAUAAUUUUUUGAGAAGUGAUCAAACGAAAGAAGCCAUUUUCUGACUGGGAUUUGGAUGUUGUCAGUAUAGGUAUAAGAGAAGGUUAUCGACCGGACAUUGAUAAUUUGAUCAAUGUCGAUUAUGAUGGUAUAGUACUGAUAAUGAAAUGUUGUUGGGAAGAAUCUCCAAAAGAUCGUCCAACGAUGAGUGAAGUGCGUCACGAUUUAAGUCAUUUUAUUGAGCGCUAUG